AUGAACGAGACGAUCGCGCCCCCCGACGAGACGGCCGCGGCCGAGCCCUCCACGGAGCCCUCCGCCGAGACUGCCGCGCCCGCCGAAACGCCCGCCGCCGAGCCCACCACCGAGCCUGCCGCGGAGCCCGCUGCGCCCGCCGCAAGCGACUCGACCACCCCGGCCUUUGGUGAGGCGGCGGGCGAGCCGGCGUUCGGCGCCGCGGUGAGCGAGGCCGGCGGCGCCGAUGGCGCCCCGGCGCCAUCCUCCGAUCCCGCGGCGGCGGGUAUCACGCCCGCGGCGCCCGCCGAGCUCGCCGCCGCGACGGCCGCUGCGGGCGGUGGGCUCGGAGGGCUCGGGGUCGGCCUCGGGGGCAUGAUGGGGGCGAUGCCGGGCAUGCCGGGCAUGCCGGGCAUGCCGGGCAUGCCGGGGAUGGGCGCCUACGGCAUGCCCGGCCUCGGAGGCAUGCCGCCCGGCAUGGUGGGGCUCGGCGCCUACGGGAUGGGCGCCCUCGGAGGGUACGGCGGCGCCCCUCCGCCGAUGACAGCUCCGCCGCCAGACGGGACGAGCGCUGCUGCGCCGGAGGGGGGGUGGGCGCGGCUGAUCGAGGGGUACCCGGCGUGGUCGAACGCCGCCGUCGCGAUCGGCAAGCGCAUGCAGCAGCUCGAGGCGCAGCCCGGCGUCGUGCGGCACGAGCUCAAGCCCGCGGCCGCGGACGCCUACGGCCAGCAGUACCAGGCGCAGCAGCAGUACGCCGCCUACGGGCAGCAGCAGUACCCGGGCUACGACGCUCAGGCACUGAUGCCGACUGGCGACCUCCUCCUGUUGGUGAACGCGAUGUUUGGAGGCUCCCAGUAUUGUGUGGCGGACUCGGGAACACGGGCCGGACGCAUGCAGCGGUAG